ACUUUCGAGAAGUCUGCGCGAUAUUAAUGGAGGAUCGGAGUCAGUACGUACAUUGACAACGGCAAUAUAACGGUACCCAAUAUAACUUGAAUAGGACGGUCUACCCCUUUUCUCCGGUGUAUAUUUGGAAUUAUUCUGCUGUAGUAAUUCACCAUCUACACAUUUCAGGAAAUUAGUUUCAAACAUUUGAUUGCUGCAACUCACCAUAUUACAAACACCUCAUCUACCAACAAGACAUUUCUAUCAGGGAUCCUUGUGGAAAUCAGAUGUGAUACACUGUCCCUCUUUUCCUUUUCAUCCCUCUCUUCAUAUUUAGAUUUAAAACCAAUAUAAAUGUGACAUAUCCCAUUUAAGAUCUCACUUUUUAUCUUGUCAUUGUGCGAAGGGAUUAUUACACUAUCUUUUGAAUUUUCAUUCAUAUAUUUAUUAGAAAUAAGUUGUCAUAUCAGAGACAUUAAUUUUUUUAAAGCUAGACCCCCCAAAAUAAACAGAGGAAAACGUAGCUAAAGAAAAGGCAUUGCAAAAAAGUUGCCAAUUUGAUGAUAACACCCUAAUCCACCUCCAAUACUGAUUACUGUAUAAUGCAAUCAAGUCUUUCACGAGGCCACGCAUCUGGAAUCACUGUCGUUCUCUCUGGAAGGGGCUUCUUGAGCAGCUAUCCGACGAGGGACCUCACUGGGAGGCGAGAUCCUAAAGGAAGCCAAUCGGCUAAAAACACUCAUGAUGGGGGCCUUCUUAAUGCCCCGGUCAAACUACAGCUUGUAAAUCACAAGCAUGGGGGCUAUUCCAUCCGUAUUGUGCACAAUGAUGACAGACCAAGAUCUCAACCGAUCAUCAAUGAAAAUUUAGAAGAAAUAUCUGUUCUGAAUCACACAGCACAGCAGUUUGAGUUUGUUUUGAGUAGAGACGGUAGCCACCAUUUGAUGCUGUUUAACAAUACAGGAGAAGGACAGCAAUUCCAAUUGAUACUUGGUGCUGUCAAUGCCCAAGGGCAGAUUAGAAUGACAAGUAAACGAGGAGCAGCUCCAAUGGCAGCUAGGUUUCCAGGUCUCCAGAGAGGAGGAGGAGGAGGAGCAACAACCAAAAAGAAAGUAACCAGCAAGGAGAACGACAGAGUUCCUACAGUCGCUCCCACUGAAAAUGGAGCAGAGGACAUUGAUAUUCAUACCAUGGUAGAGCUUUUGAAAACCUCAAUACAGGCCGGUGAUGUCAUGAAUUCUGAAAUAUGGGCUAAGAAUCUUGCCAACCUUCAACCCAAACUCAGCAUCCUGGUUGAAACAGCAGGAAAUACCGUACCGUCAAGCAGUGAUAUAUCGAUUCAAGUUCAAGUUGAAGAUCGAGAUUCAUCAAAAUUGAAGUUAAGAAUGUCUGUGCCAUCGAAUAUAACAAUUGCUGGUCUAAAGAAAAGGACUUGUCUGACUUACGAUCUUCCAACGCAAGUUCAGAACUGGCUUAUUGGUGGUCGCAUAGCAAAAGACACCGAGACUCUUUCAGCCAAUGGAAUCACGUCGUCUGGCGCAACCCUUUACCUUUAUUUGACCUCAGCUGCUAAGGUCAAUAUUACGAAGGAAUCCAUGGAGAUUGAGAAGCAUGCAUUCUCUGAGGAUAGGAGGAAGCAUCAGAGAUAUUGGCCAGACCAGAACCCCCAAACCAUGCGAAGGACCAGCAGUGGCAGCACAGAAGACCGUGGUACCUUGCGAUCCUCACUUAGCAGAGCAAGAUUGUCCCCCCCAUCGGUUGUUGAAUCUGCUUCAUUACAAAGACUUGUACAACCAUCACAUGAUAGAUUCAUGGAUAGGAGUUCGUCUUUAGGAUCAAGAACUUCAUUAGCUGAAAGGCAUGAAGUAAAAAAGGAACCAACUGCCAUGGAGGUUGGAUGGGUGUGUCCUAGGUGCACCCUUGUGAACCCCCCUCUAAUCCCAGGGUGCCAGGCUUGCUCCACCGAUCGUCCUGAAAAUUACAAGGUGCCUGCCAAAGGGACCUACACCAUGGACCCGUCAGAGAGCAGCUUUCAGAAAGCCUUAGAAGCGAACGAACAAGCUCUUUUGGAGAUGGAACAAGAACGGGUAAUCCAGAACUACCAAGAUCUCUUGAGGAUCGAUGAGCAGGACCUGGUCCCAAACCAAGAUAUAUUUGAAUGUCCUAUAUGCCUAGUGGAUUGUGAUCCUGGAGAAGGUGUAAUGCUCAGAGAAUGUCUUCAUUUAUUUUGCAGGGAAUGUAUUAUCCAGCAUAUCAAGCAGUCAACAGAUGCCUUGGUGAUGUGUCCAGGUAUGGAGGAUGAUAUACCGUGCACGCAGCAUGUUCUAGAAAGGGAAAUUAAAGCACUUUUGAGUGAAGAAGACUUCCAGAAGUACCUCGAACGCGGUCUACGCCGGGCGGAGUCCAGUGCAUCCGACAGCUUCCAUUGCAAAACUACCGACUGCAGGGGCUUCUGUUUCUAUGACGAUGAUCUUAACUUCUUUGACUGUCCUCUCUGUAGGAAAAUAAACUGUUUGACGUGUAAAGCCAUUCAUGAAGGUAUCAACUGUAAGCAAUACCAGGAGGAUCUCAAAAUACGGGCGCAGAACGACGUGACAGCAAGACAGACGCAGCAAGCUCUGGAGGAAUUGGUUCAGAGUGGAGAAGCUAUGAAGUGCCCAUUUUGUAGUAUCAUCGUUCAGAAGAAGGGAGGCUGUGAUUGGCUACGUUGUUCUGUCUGUCAGACGGAGAUCUGCUGGGUGACAAAACAAGCAAGAUGGGGACCAGCUGGUACUGGAGACAUUAGUGGGGGAUGCCGUUGCCGUGUCAAUGGCAAGAUGUGUCAUCCUGAAUGUCACAACUGUCACUGACAUCAUAAUCAACACUCAGAGCAACGAUUGAUGGACAUUCCGUUAAAAUUAUUAUCAGCUUACAUAUUGAUAUGUACAGUAUAACAAAGAUUUGUUAUUUUUUUAAUUUGCUAGGCUCUAAACACUGAAUGAUGCGAGCAAUAAUACCAACAUGAAGUGCAUUUCAUGACAGACACAUAUUGAAUCCAGAUACAACUGAAUUGUACAAAUUUCUAUGUGUAAGCAGAUUGGUGUUAUUAUUAGCUGCAAUUUCUUCAAAAUGAUUGAUUAAUAAGUUGAUUUCAUCUCUUAUAAUCUAGACCCAUUUUCUAUCAUCAUCAGAAAGAUCAUUUUGUUUAAGCUAUUCCUCUCAUUUCACCAGAUACAUGUCCAUGUUCAUUCAUGCAUAUAUAAUAAAAUUUGGCUGCACGAUAUGACAGUGAUACUGAAAUAGCAUGAUAUUCAGAAGUCAUUGAAUAGAUUAUUCUGGAUCUACGUACAUCAAAAUAUUUUAAACAUUUGAAUGUGCUUCAGACAAGAAAUUUGCCUUGCCAAAAUGCUAUAAAUCACUGGCACUUUCUCCCUUAUUCCAAUCCAACUCACCUGGGUCAAGGGGAAAGGGUCAUAAAUGAUGUCAUCCCGAACCAAUAUUUUAUUCUCCCCUCUCCAUUCUCUUACUCUUAGCUGAAAGAAAGUGAUAUGUGAACAUUACUUGACAUUUAUUCAUGUCAGACAUUAUAUUCCUGAAUCCUAAAUGUUAUAUCUAGUGAUAAUUGAGUAAACAAAUACAUGUAUGCAACAUCAUGCAGUCCUAGAAUUAAGUAAUAAGUAUUUUGUAAUGUGCAAUUUAUGAUACAUAUCACUCAAGGCACUAUAUACAUUAACAAAACAAAGGAAUAUGAUCGUAAUCAUAUAUAAGUUAAAAGCUAACGAUAAAAUUAAGAUUUUUUAUAUUCCUGUAUGAAAAUAAAGUACGUCUUGAUUGGAAAACAUUUCAGCUGUUUAUAUAUCUAAUACUUCUAGGAAGUCUGUUCCACAUAAACAAGGCCAUUUGGCCAAGAGCCCUAUCUCCCCGUUUGUCUCAUGUGCUUCUCAUCUUCUGCUUUUUUUAUGCACCCUUCAUCUCCUGAAUUCUGUAGCUCCCAUAGACUUUGCACAUGGAUCACACAGUUCUGGCGGACAAUAGGACAAUCAUUCUUUUAGCUGGUACAUUUUUUUUCUUUGCCACAUCUUUUCAUGAUAUAUUAUAUUUGGGGUUUAAUUCAAGAAAUAUGUAUGAUUGUGAUUACAAUAGAAUGGUAGGUAAUAUGUUUGGUAUAUGAAAUUAAGGUUAGGAUCAGGGAGGAUGGGAUAUGGUUUCAGGUAAGGACUUGGUUCACUAUGUAGUUGAUCCAGAUUUUUUUUUUUUUUUUAGUUAUCGUAAAAUGCAAUUAUCUUUAAUAUAAGGGUAUAACACUUGUACUGCUUAUUCAUCAUCUGGUAAAAUACUAGUAUUUCAAACAUAUGUUUUGCCUAUUUUGGUAUUUUUUCAUUGCUAUUCAUGUAGUUGUGCUCUUUAAGAUGCAUGCCCAAAUUUUGAGAAAAUAACCAGAGGUAUGAAAUCACAGUGAUCAAUUUACAAAACAAUAUUGAUCAAGGCAGUGUAUGCAACAAAUAUUGAAUGUACGGAAUUCAACAUUUAUUUCUGUUUAUCCCUCAACUCUGUGCAAUUGUAUAUGCCCUUUGGAUAUUAUUUCUCAAAAGAUUGUUGCUAUCACACAUCUGAUUUCAAAACAAUGUUUACAGAGUUACUAUAACCAAUGCUUAUACUCUUAUUAGACAUCUCAAAAUACUUGUUUAAAGUUAAAGGUCAAAUGAUUCAGAGGUCAUUAUAUAUGUAAAAUUGUCUUGUUCUUGUGAUAAAUGAAGAACCUUUAGAUGGAUCUACUUCAAAUUUAGUUCAUGUAUGCACAUUGGAGAGAAGGUGAUCUGAGCAGAUUUUGGGGUCAUGGGUUCAAAGGUCAAAUGUUACAGAGGUUAAUAUCAUAUUAUGCUAAAGUUACCGACCAACUCGGGUUUGGAUGCUGGUUUUGCGGUCAUUUCUUAACUGGAUGGCAUCAAGUGUGUAUAACGAAAUAUAAUGUAUGUACUGAUACAGUACAGCACCUCGCAUUUGCAAAAUUAAAUGAAAGUGUUUUUGUUCUUCUUAGGAAGCCCCCACUUAUGGUCCCUUUACUAAUAGUGCACUGAAGUCAGAUUCAUCUGUACUCAAAAUUACAUUGUUCUUUUAAGAAGAUCUAUUACAGUAUGUGUUUGACUUAUAAUUUGAUUAUAGCCCAAAGGGAAGAGGUGAUUAAAAGAACCACAAGUUGUAACUUUGAAAUUUCUAUAAUCUUAUUGGUCUCUAUUUUAAAACAUUAAUCAAUUUCUUAUUACUAGCUUGUUUGAUUUUCUUUUAAACUUUCAACAUUCUACUUUUCUUAUAUUUCUCCUUUUAUAGAAGUGAUUUAUUACCAAGUAUCACCAUUUGAAUCCCUAUAUCAUAAAAUGAUAAAUAAUCAAUAUAUGUAUACUCAGCUUAUAUAUGGAUCAUAUACAUUCAAAGGACGUGCAUGUUGGCUCCAUGAAUCAUCAACAUGUUAGCCACAAAGUGUAUCAUGCCACGUAUUGCCGAAGAACAAACUAGUUCUUUAUCAUCUUAAUUCAAAGUUAUUUGUGUAUGUUAAGGAUGCUGGCAUGAUUUGAAUAAAGGAAUGUUUAAAGCAUAA